GGCGGCCAAGAGCCUGCGGAUCCAGGAGCAGGUGCAGCAGACCCUGGCCCGGAAGGGCCGGAGCUUCGUGGGCAACGGAAAUCUUCACCGAACCAGCAGUGUUCCUGAGUAUGUCUACAACUUACACUUGGUUGAAAAUGAUUUCGCUGGAGGGCGUUCCCCCAUUACUAAAACUUAUGACAUGCAAAAGGCUGGCACGGUCGCCUAUGAGAGCCGCUGGGGGAGAGGGCCGGCGCAGUACAGCUCGCAGAAGUCGGUGGAGGAGCGGACGUUCCGGUCCCGCCAGCCUCUCCGGAGGCUGGAGAUCUCCCCCGACAGCAGCCCCGAGAGGGUCCAUUACGCGCACAGCGAGUACCACUACAGCCAGCGAGGCCAGGCGGGGCACACGCUGCGGCGCCAAGAGAGCAGGCGGUCCACCCUCCUCGCGCCACCGCGGUACGCGCGCUCGGAAAUCGUGGGCUUCCAGCGGGGCGGGAGCCGGCAGCGCCACUAUGACACUUACCACAGGCAGUACCAGUACGCGGUGAACGACGCGGCCUUUGACGGCGUCCCUGUCAACCCCGCCCUGCUCACGUACCCGCGGCCGGGGACCAGUCACAGCAUGGGCAACCUGCUGGAAAAAGAGAACUACAUGAGUUCGGGGCCUGUGGCCGGGCAGGUCAGGCCCCUGGUGCCCUUGCAGCCAGUCAGCCAGAACCGGGCCGCCAGGGCCUCCUGGCACCAGAGCUCCUUCCACAGCACGUGCACGAUGCGGGAGGCCGGGCCCAGUGGCACUCUGGACGCCGGCGCCAGGAGGGCGCACAUGACUGUGGGCCAGGUGGCCGCGGGGGCAAGCGGGAAUCUGCUGGUGGAGAGGAACGCCUUCGCCGACAGCCAGCUCGGGAAUGCAGACAUGGAGAUGACUCUGGAGCGAGCAGUGAAUUUGCUUGAUGCGGACCACACGCCCCUGACCAGGAUUUCUGCUGCCGCUACUUUCAUACAGCAUGAGUGCUUCCAGAAAUCUGAAGCACGGAAAAGGGUUAAUCAGCUCCAUGGCAUCCCCAAGCUUCUGCAGCUCCUGAAAGUUCAGAAUGAAGACGUUCAGCGAGCUGUGUGUGGGGCCUUGAGAAAUCUGGUGUUUGAAGACAAUGACAACAAGUUGGAGGUGGCAGAACUAAAUGGAGUGCCUCGGCUGCUCCAGGUGCUGAAGCAAACCAGAGACUUGGAGACUAAAAAGCAAAUAACAGGUUUGCUGUGGAAUUUGUCCUCUAACGACAAACUCAAGAACCUCAUGAUAACAGAAGCCUUGCUUACCCUGACUGAGAAUAUCAUCAUCCCCUUUUCCGGGUGGCCUGAAGGAGACUACCCCAAAGCAAAUGGCCUGCUUGAUUUUGAUAUAUUUUACAAUGUCACCGGAUGCCUAAGAAACAUGAGUUCAGCUGGCCCCGACGGGAGGAAAGUGAUGAGAAGGUGUGAAGGCCUCAUUGACUCACUGGUCCACUAUGUCAGAGGAACCAUUGCAGAUUACCAGCCAGAUGACAAGGCCACAGAGAACUGUGUGUGCAUUCUUCACAACCUUUCCUACCAGCUGGAAGCAGAGCUCCCAGAGAAAUAUUCCCAGAGUAUCUAUAUUCAAAACCGGAAUAUCCAGACUGACAACAACAAGAGUAUUGGGUGUUUUGGCAGUCGUAGCAGGAAAGUAAAAGAGCAAUACCAGGACGUGCCAAUGCCAGAGGAAAAGAGCAACCCCAAGGGUGUGGAGUGGCUGUGGCACUCCAUUGUGAUAAGGAUGUAUUUGUCCUUGAUCGCCAAGAGUGUCCGAAACUACACACAGGAAGCAUCUCUAGGAGCGCUCCAGAAUCUCACCGCAGGAAGCGGACCAAUGCCGACGUCAGUGGCUCAGACCGUUGUCCAGAAGGAGAAUGGCCUUCAGCACACUCGGAAGAUGCUGCAUAUUGGUGACCCAAGUGUGAAAAAGACUGCCGUCUCCCUGCUGCGGAAUUUGUCUCGGAAUCUUUCUCUGCAGAAUGAAAUCGCCAAAGAAACACUACCUGACUUGAUUUCCAUAAUUCCUGACACAGUCCCAACAACUGACCUUCUCAUUGAAACUACGGCCUCUGCCUGUUACACCUUGAACAAUAUUAUUCAAAAUAGUUACCAGAAUGCACGGGACCUUCUGAAUACCGGGGGCCUGCAGAAAAUUAUGACCAUCAGUGCAGGCGACACCUAUGCCGCCAGCAAAGCCAGUAAAGCUGCUUCUGUCCUCCUGUAUUCCCUGUGGGCGCACACGGAGCUCCACAACGCCUACAAGAAGGCUCAGUUUAAGAAGACAGAUUUUGUCAACAGCCGGACUGCCAGAGCCUACCACUCCCUUAAAGACUGAACGAAAAUGGAACGGGACUUUCAGAGUAUCAGACUCACCAUUCUCAUCUCCAAAAAGCCCUCAAAGGAAAACACCUAUUUUUCUACUGCCCAGCCCAAGAAACCUCAAAAAGCAUGCCUUGUUUCUAAUCCUUUUCUAUUUCCAUGGUUCCCAGAACACAGAUAAGGAAAACAUAAUUUUAUUUGUCUUCCAGAAGACUUUUUGCAGUUUGGCUACCAGAAUCUGGCAACAGGCUCUACAUAUUUCACCCUCCACAAAUAGUGUCUUUCUUAUCAGAGGGAUAGUGGUUCCUGCCCUCUUGGAGCCAAAAUGCGAGUUUGAGUGGAAAGGACAUUAACAGAAUAAAUAAGAAGCAGUUGUCUUCGUAGGAUUUUUAAAAUUUGAUUUAGAUUUAUAUUCCUUUUCUCAUUUCCAUGUUUUGUCCCUCACAUGCACAUUGCCUCACCGUUGAGCCACGAGUGUAUCGUUCUGCAGUGUUAAAACAGAAUGAAAAUGACAAGAAAUAUUUACACUUAUCCAGGAGAAAGUGUAAUAGCAAAAUUGUGUGUUUUGUACUUGUUUUUAUCCCAUUGGGGUUUUUUUCCCCUCUGAUUUUUAAAUGAACUUAAGAAACUGAGGUUCUAGAGCAUGCCUGACUGUAAGAAAAAGAAAUUGACAGGAAGUCAUCACAGCAAGUUUAAAAAUCUUUCCCACAGAGAAGGCAACUAUGGUUAUGAAACUCCAUGUCCUUCCUAAACACUGAGCAAGUGGCAUUUUUGCUCAAGGAAUACUUUAUCUGUAGCAACAUCAUUAAGUGCAGAUUUCUUCUACACAGUGACAUUUGUGUAAUCAAUUUCCUGGCCUUUUCAACCAGGUAUAGGACUAGCAGAAGAAUGGAGUUUACUUUUCGGCUACAUGAGGAACCAAGGCCUUCUUGCAUGCGGUGGGCCAACCCAAGGCACUGAAAACACAGGUCAUUUUCAUGAAUUACAGUAUCAACCUGCCCAAGUUGGCUCCACAUUUAAAAAUAAACACAGAGCUACUAAAUCUCAUGUACUCUUCCUUAAGCCAUUAUUUUAAGUUAAGAAAACUCCAGAGAAAAACAGUGAAGAAAUGAUGUUAGGGAAAAAUGUGUCAAGGCCAGCCAGAAAUGAUCUGAGAAAUACGGAUGUUUAAAAGGUGAUAACGUCAUCUAUUGAAGUGAAUCAAUAAUAAGUGUUACUUUUAACUGGGCUAUGAUUAAAGCCAUUUAUAUAGAAGUCGUCUUUUCAAUUACAGUUAUUAUCUGGCCAUUUUUUUAAAAAGGAUAAUAAUGUUUGUCAUAAGAAAAUAAAAUGAGGAAAAAUCCUUCUCUUUUUGGCUAGAAAAGUCUAAUAGAAAAUAAAUUCCCAUGUCCUGUUUAAAUGUCUAUUUAAGUCUGUUAUAUUUGGAACUUAAAAUUUUUUUCCAUUGUAAAAGCUCAAUGCAAAUGACUUAGGUUACUAACAUAGGUCAGAAUGAAAUUAUUUAGAUACCAAUUUUUAAAACAACUGAAGAGAGAAUUUAUACCUCUUUUUCCAGGAUUCUGACAAUAAGCUUUGGGAUAUAUUUAUUCCUCCAGAAAAAAACUGAUGUAUGUUCAAGACAUUUCUGUGUUUUCAAGGCAUUAAUAAAACCUUCAGGAAUAUUAAAUGUACAAUGAGGGAGAAGGAACAUUGCCUGCAUCGUAUCUGUGCUUAUCUGAUUUGUGUAUCUUCGUAGAUGUGGUAUAAUGGACAUGACAUUAGAGGGUUUGAACUAGUAAACUUAAACUCCAAUAA